UUUUUGUUCGACUUUCGUUUCUCAGUCAAUAUUUUCAUUUUGGUUUCGAACGGGGCAUAUUAAAAGAAAUUGGAAUCAAUUUCGCUUAUUCGCUUUUCAAAGUUCUUUUUUUUAAUAACAAAGCUAUGAUUUCAUGUUAGCUUUUAAAGAUCAAAUAUUAUACUGGAAAAUUAAGCAUACGUCGGCUCAGCUUCAUCUAAUCUGCACAUAUCGAAGGCCGUCGAAAACAUGAAGACUUCCAACUACCUGAAGGGAAGUCAUAUGUUUCGCAUGACUCGAAUUAUACAUAUUUCCUUAUGUUCGCUGUGAGACGGCUCGUUUCAAAGGCCUAUUUCUCCAAAAACGACUGGAUUGCUUAUGAAUUGCGGUAACUUAAGUCAUCUCGCAAUGAGUGCAGAUGGUUCUUCCAUUCGUUUUAGCGACCAUACACUGGACAAAGCAACAAAAGCCAAGGUCACUUUGGAAAAUUAUUAUAGUAAUUUGGUAACCCAAUAUGGAGAGCGCAAGCAACGACUUGCUAAACUAGAAGCCCAGCUAAAGGAUGAAAGUCUAACAGAGUCACAGAGACAAGAGAAAAGGAUCCAGCAUGCACAGAAAGAAACAGAGUUUUUACGUCUAAAAAGAUUACGAUUAGGUGUUGAGGACUUCGAAGCAUUAAAAGUUAUUGGAAGAGGUGCUUUUGGAGAAGUUCGACUGGUGCAAAAAAAGGACACAGGGCAUGUUUAUGCUAUGAAAGUUUUACGUAAAGCAGAUAUGCUUGAAAAGGAGCAAGUCGCCCAUGUGCGCGCAGAACGCGACGUGCUUGUUGAAGCCGACCACCAAUGGGUAGUUAAAAUGUACUACAGCUUUCAGGAUCCCGUCAAUUUGUAUUUAAUAAUGGAGUUCUUACCGGGUGGCGAUAUGAUGACGCUUCUAAUGAAAAAGGACACUCUCUCGGAAGAAUGCACACAGUUCUACAUUAGUGAAACGGCCUUGGCCAUAGAUUCGAUUCAUAAAUUAGGCUUCAUUCAUAGGGAUAUAAAACCCGAUAACCUACUACUUGACUCGCGUGGACACUUGAAGCUUUCUGAUUUUGGACUAUGCACGGGUUUGAAAAAGUCGCAUCGUACCGACUUUUACCGGGACCUUUCACAAGCCAAGCCAUCCGAUUUCAUUGGAACAUGUGCUAGCCCAAUGGAUUCAAAACGGCGAGCAGAGUCGUGGAAACGUAAUCGCCGAGCUUUGGCCUACAGUACAGUUGGAACACCUGAUUACAUUGCCCCAGAAGUAUUUUUACAGACUGGUUAUGGGCCUGCGUGUGACUGGUGGUCUUUAGGUGUAAUAAUGUACGAAAUGCUGAUGGGAUACCCACCAUUUUGUUCGGACAAUCCUCAAGAUACAUACCGGAAAGUGAUGAACUGGCGAGAAACAUUGAUAUUCCCGCCCGAAAUCCCAAUAUCCGAGGAAGCGAAAGAUACAAUUGUCAAAUUCUGCUGCGAGGCCGACCGUCGUUUAGGCUCACAACGUGGUUUAGAAGAUGUAAAAUCAGUGCCAUUCUUCAGAGGAGUGGAUUGGGAACAUAUCCGCGAGCGUCCUGCGGCCAUUCCCGUCGAUGUGCGAUCAAUUGAUGAUACGUCCAACUUUGAUGAAUUCCCUGAUGUUUCGCUCGAAAUACUUCUUGUUUGUAUAUUUACAGCAUCAGCCCCUAUACCUCAAGGCAGCGAAAUAGCCAAGGACUGGGUGUUCAUAAACUACACAUUUAAGCGCUUUGAAGUUCGAAAUUUAGAGUGAAGUUGUUGCUAUCCCGUCAUUGCUCCGUAGAAAUGCUUUAUGAAACUUGAUUCAAUGAUUUUAUAUCGAACAUGAAUAAUUUAAGAUUAUAUUUAUUGAGUUAAAUUAGAAAAAGUAAUAACCAGUGUGCAUAAUUAACUUUAUUAACUA